UAAUAACUCCAACUCCAGUCUUUGGUUGAGAGGCAGGGUAGCCUACACUCAUAGUCAAGACAGAGACACACAGCUCAGACGCUCAUACUUCAGGGAAAUUUCAAAGUAUUAAUUCAUGUUUCAAAAUACAACAGAUAUUUAAUACAUAUUUAAAAACAAUCAUUUCUGUUAAUGUGAGUUCCUAAGUCCACGCUGAAAAAUUAAAGGCAAUAUAAGUGAUAGUAGAACAACAUGUGAGACUGAGAAUUAGAUUUAUUUGUUUAUUGGUACCUAGAAACCCAGUUUUCACUUUGGUUCUAACUUACAUCAACCAUCGUCAUAACUUACAUUUGCACUGUAUAACAGUUUGAAAACACGCUGAGAUCUGUUUUCGCACUGUUUCGGUGAAGCUAAAUUUAAUUGUGGUUUCACAAAUCUAGUACACUGAAGUUCUCGGAAAGUUUAAUUUGUUGUUUGAUUUUAGUUCUCUGAUAUAAUUACAAUGUUGGCCACCAUCUUAUGCAUAGCCUUAGUAGCUAUGAAUCACUAACAAUGGCUGUAAAACCCAUUCCACUCUUCACUUUUGGGUACAACAGAGUGACAAAUCAGGCAAAAGGAUGUUUGAAAGCUGGUUUCAUGGCAGCAACCAGCCAUGACCUCUCUUUAAAUGACCUCAGUGCUGGUCUAAUAUCAGGUCAAAGUAAUGCCAGAAGUUUGCUGAUGCCUGCAAAAGUAUAUUUGGUUCCUCUGAGAGUUACAAAAGGGACACUUAGCACAAUGUUAGAAGCGAUGUGUGUAUAAUUUGGACCCUGUUUGGUUUAGAAAAUAAUUGCUUCAAAAUGUCAUUACAUUUUCUGUGACUUUGUAUUGUCAUUUUUCAUAUGUAUUUUCAUUGCAGUUGACAUUUUGGUCAACCUACACUUGAUUGUUCAGUUCUUCGGUCAAGCCUGGUGUUGAAGUUGUUGCUGUUACAUGAUCUUUAAAAGGUUGAAAGAGAAGAGUUCAAAUGAGCAAUUUAAAACCCCAAAUUAAAAUGGCACUCAUGCAGAUGGUGACUAUUUUUAGGCAAAGGUGUGAAACCAUUAAUGGGACUUUCCACAUUUGGAGGUCUUACAGUCACAGAAAAAUUGUCGUCCUAGAAACUUGCAGGGCACGUUGAUAAUCAUUUUAAAUUGACGUUGUACGCCUCUAAAUGCUCUUUAAUCACUUAUUCCUAAGCAAUUUUCUAUCAAAUCUAGUCUUAAAAUUAAAAAUUUCACAUUAACUGACUAAGUUGUUUGUCACAAUUAUCUAAAUAAAACAAAGAGUUGAUGGUAAGCAAAGCUAAGAAAAUGAUAAUAAAUCAGAAAAUCACCUCAUUUCACUCAGUGAGAUAAGAUUUUAUCUUGUUCUCUUUGCAGUAAUUUAGCACACUGCUAAUUUCUCUUCCUCGGUCACAUGUGCAUGCAAUGUACAUGCAAUAUGUAUUUCUGAAGAUGCUCCCUGAGAUUCUCAGGUUUAUCUUGCCUCUUUCUCCUUUGAUGCUCUUGGAGUCUAAAAAAAGCUUGUGGCUUUCUGCAAAAGCAUACAUCCUGUGACAACCCUCUGAGAAAAAAAUAAAACACAGACGAGCCUCCUGCAUGCCAUCAGAGUGUGCAAACAGAAACAUGCAUCACACUCUGUAGAGUUGUCUAGCUAGCGAAACAAUCAGUUUAAAGAGUUGCUAAUUUAAUUUUAAAACAGUUUCGACCAUGAAGAAUUGUAGCCAUGGGACACAAAAAGGAGAUUGUGAUUGGUUGAAAUUAAAUGCCCAUGACAUCAUCUAUGUCCUCUGUACUGUCCUGGCGCUAUCGCUAUUGUUUAACAUCGCAUGCUGCUUGUCAAAGAUCUGCUCAGGGAAAGGAAGAUGUCAGUGCAGGAAGAGACAAAGUAGGAGUUCCAGACAAAUGGAGGACAAUCCAAUUUAUGGGAAUUUAAGCUACAUGGACUCAAAUGUAGCUGUGUAUACAGACCCUGCUCCUCUCCACUCCUCACUGAGCUCUUCAUCUUUAAGGAUUGCACACAGGGUCCAUCCUGACUCACAGUCCAAAAGUCAGGAAUGCUACGCCAACCUGACCCUGAAGCCUCCCAGGCCGCAGUCUGGGCGCAUCUCUCCACAGAUUCAGGUCUCAGAUAUCGCGCAUUUAGAGAAGCCAGAGGAACCAGGAGAGGAAGAGACGGAAGAACCUGUUACCAUAGAUGAUGCUGUCUCCACCAUGUCUGAUCUGUACGCCUCCGUGCAAACUCAGCGAGCCAAAAUAGUCGACAGUGCGGACGGUGAAGAAGGCUACGCAAACCAUCUCUGAGACGACCUGCUGACGCUGAGAGGAGGAUGGAGGAUGUUUUAAAAGCUUCACCUGCCACCACAGGAGGGCGCUAUUUGUCACCACAUUGAACUGACAGCCUGUUUGCAGCAGUGAAGUGCAUCACUCAAAGUGUUACUCAGCCCUAGGUAUACUCAGGACUCGCAGACAAACAGGUCUUUACAAUUCAGUCUAGUAUAAUUAAAUUAGAAUGCAUUUUAAUUCAAGGUUUAAAUUCUGAAAGAUAAAACAUAACCAUCUAAUGAUACCAACAGGAUAACUUGAAGCAAACUGA